UAUCAAAAAUUUAUAGUUUAAGUCAUGAAAAGUCUGCGUCCGUUGCUGCGCGUCACCCAACUGCGUACAUCAACACUUCUUAUACCACCAACGCGUUCACGGUACACACAGCAUCAAGGAGUCAAGGGAAUACGUAAGCGCAAGAGUUUCUACGAGGCUCAAAUACAGGCGGGUAUGCGCGAGCAAAAUGAACCUACUGUUGUGAAUACAGGGGGCAUGGGGUUUUUGGAUGAUCGUGCAUAUGAUGAAGUCGUAGGGGGAGCCAUGCGCAUCAGGCGUGAUGUGGCCAUAUCCCAGCACGUAUUUAUCCUGCAACCUUAUAUCAAGUGGUCCGCCAAGCGCACUACGCCCAACAAUGUGACGCCUGAUGAUCAGUUAGCUGAGGCGACAGCGCUUGUCCACUCAUUGCCUAACUGGCAGGUGGCUCGAUCCCUCAAGGUGCCACUGGAAAGUCUGGAGCGUACAACGCUCUUUGGUAGCGGCAAACUAGCAGAGAUUAAGCAACUGCUUACGCAACUACGUCAAGAACGGCAGGUCAGCUGCUUAUUUGUCAGCAAGGGCACGCUCUCGUUUGCUCAAAAACAAUUCCUCGAGGCCGAGUUUCAACUGCCCGUGCUAGAUCGCUACUCGUUGGUCAUACAGAUCCUGCGUCUGCAUGCGACCAGCUCGGAGGCCCGUCUACAGGUGGCUAUGGCAGAGUUGCCUUAUAUAUGGGCGCAGGCCAAGGAUGCCAGUGUCACACAGAUCCGACGUCAGGGCUACUCUCUAAGUGAUAUGCAGAAGGAAAUACUGCGCUCCAGGGAGCGCAAAUUGCGUGCGGAACUAGAAGACGUUCGCCGUCAGCGGCAGCUUCGGCGCCAAAAACGCAAACAAUUAAACUAUCCUACUGCAGCGGUUGUUGGCUAUACAAAUGCGGGGAAGACUUCAUUGAUAAAGGCGCUCACCAAAGAGGAUGCAUUGCAGCCACGCAAUCAGCUAUUUGCCACACUGGAUGUGACGGCGCAUGCCGGCUAUCUGCCCUGCAAUCUGCAGAUCAUCUAUAUGGACACUGUGGGCUUUAUGUCCGAUUUGCCGACGGGAUUAUUUGAAUGUUUCGUGGCCACAUUAGAGGAUGCAAUGCUUGCGGAUAUCAUUAUACAUGUGCAGGACCUGUCACAUCCCUGUCAUGCGGCCCAACGGGCCCAUGUGGAGUCCACACUGCGAGCCUUGGCAUUGAGCGUAUCCGGCGACAAUGCGAAUAGCGGAGAAUUGCCUCCGAUCGUUAAUGUUUUUAACAAAAGUGAUUUGCUUAAGCCGAAUGCUCAGAUAGCUGUACUAACCCAACAUGAGAACACGAAUAUUGGUCACUUAACCUCGGCGCGCAAUCACACCGGCCUGCAUUCGCUGCUUAAGGAUGUAGAACAGAAAGUUUUGGCCGUGACCGGACGGCGUAAAUUGCAGGUGCGUGUGCCCAGUGGUGGGCCGGAGAUGGCUUGGCUCUAUAAAAAUGCUGCCGUUGUGGAAACCAAAGCGGAUGAGCAGAAUGCGGAAAAGAUCCUCAUGCAGGUCGUCAUUAGCCAGUGCACCUUAGACCAAUUCAUGCGCGAAUUUUGCUAGCUAAAGAAAAGUAUCCUCUCUUGCCUAAAAUGGGAAUAAAUAUAUUUAUUCUUAAUUUCAGUUUGGUUUUUAUUUUUAUAUAAUAUUUUGC